CCACCUUUCCUGCUGUGCCUCUUUGUCCUGACUCCUCCCUUAUUUUAGGCUGGUGUCCUCACAGCCUCCCUCAUCUUCUCCUCAUCAAACCAAAUGUCCUUAACUCGGCUGUCUAUUAUUUCCACCCACAAGUAGCAGCCUAUUACUUCAGAACAGAAUGCCUUUUGGAGGAGGAAAUAAGUGUGGCUGCUGCCAGAAAACCGUCUACUUUGCUGAAGAAGUGCAGUGUGAAGGGAAGAGCUGGCAUAAAUCCUGUUUUCUGUGCAUGGUUUGCAAGAAGAACUUGGACAGCACGACAGUGGCCGUGCAUGGAGACCAGAUCUACUGCAAAUCAUGCUAUGGCAAAAAGUAUGGGCCAAAAGGCUAUGGCUUCGGAGGGGGAGCCGGCACGCUAAGUAUGGACACCGGAGAAGGACUCGGAAUCAAGCCUGAAGUGCAAGCUCCUCAUCGACCUACAAAUAAUCCCAAUGCCUCCAAGUUCGCCCAGAAAACAGCAGGAUCAGAAGUGUGUCCACGAUGUGGGAAAACAGUGUACGCAGCAGAGAAGGUUAUUGGGGGAGGCAAUUCGUGGCAUAAGGGCUGCUUUCGCUGUGCCAAGUGUGGUAAAGGCCUGGAGUCCACAACCCUCGCUGAUAGGGAUGGAGAGAUCUACUGUAAAGGGUGCUACGCAAAGAGCUUUGGCCCAAAAGGCUUCGGCUUCGGUCAGGGUGCAGGAGCCCUGGCUCAUUCACAGUGAAGCAGACGGCCCCAGCCAACAUGUGACUGGCAUCUGGUGUGCUCUGAUAUCGCAGCUUGCUGGUUCUUUGCAUCAAUAUUUAACCUCUCACUAUUUUCUGCUGGAUUAAAGAAAGAAGUGGCUUUUUCUACACAUUUACCAGGCAGACUGGGGCGCAUUGGAAGGUGGUGCACAUAUGCUCAACAUUGUAAAAAACAGAAAUUUGUUCGUAUUGGGAUUAGCAUAUCAUGUGCUCAACUUUAGUGUUUAAUAUUCUGGCAUGCAAAUUAAAGAUUAUAGCUGCAAUGCAAAUGUGAUCAUUUUAAUAAAUAUGUUAAAAUAAGUAUGAACAAACUGAAAUCAACUUAUGUCCAAGGCUGAUUCAAGCUUGUAGAUUAUGUUUUAGGUCCAAUCAAAAUAAAGUCUUACACAUAUUG